AUGAGCGCCACUUCCCUUCUGAUCCUGCCCCUCCACAGCCUCCCUUCUUCCGACUCCCUCUCACCGAAGCACCUUCACCUGUCCCUCCCAAGAAAGCUCAUCUCUCGCCGUCGUGCCUCCUCCCCGCCCCUCCCUAUUACCUCGGAAGGACUUCCUCCGUCUCCUUCCUUCCUUCCACAUGGCACCGACAGCUCAACACUUUACCGAGAGAUGGUCUCCCUCUUGCGUUCUUGCGACAACCUUCAGCAUUUGAAGCAAAUUCACGCCCGCUUGUUCCGGCUCAACCUCCACAUGAAGAUCUUCUUCGUCACGCAGCUUGUCGCCCUGUAUGCAGCCUUCGCAGCCAUGGACUACGCUCUUCGACUCUUCGACUUCAAGAAGAAGAAGAAUGUCUUCCUCUGGAAUGCGAUGAUUCGUGGGUAUUCGAAGUCCGCCUGCCCGCACAGGUCAAUUGAAGUUUUCUGCGAUAUGCUUCUGGAAUUCCGGCCCGACGAAUUCACGUUUCCUUACCUUCUGAGAUCUUGUGAGUCGAUUUGUGAAGGGAAACAGGUGCAUGCUCAUGUCUGGAAGGCUGGCUUGGACGAUAAUGUGUUCGCUUGCUCUGCCUUGAUAGCAAUGUACGGGAAUUUCGGUGCAAUUGGGGAGGCGCACAAGGUGUUUGACAAAAUGCCUGAAAGAGAUGUUGUUUGCUGGAAUGUUAUAAUUACUGGUUAUUCUCGUGCAGGGAAUCCGGAAAUGGUCCUGUUCAUGUUCCAACAGAUGGUUCAACAGGAGAUAGUGCCCACUUCUGUGACAAUGGUUAAUGUCUUGGGUGCUUGCGGCGAUACGGGUGCGUUAAUUCAGGGAAGAUGGAUUCAUGAGUUCACGGUCAGGAACAAGAUUCAGAUGAACUUAUUCGUUGAGACUGCACUAAUCGCCAUGUACUCAAAGUGUGGCGAUGUUGAGGCAGCUCGGAAAGUGUUUGAUGAGGCAGAACAUAGGGAUUUAGUGCUCUGGAGUGCAAUGCUGGGAGGAUAUGGAAUGAACGGUUGUGGAAUGGAAGCACUGGAACUAUUUUCUUUAAUGGAAACUUGUGGUUUGAAGCCAGACAGCAUCACAUUCGUCUCCCUUCUCUCGGCAUGCAGCCAUGCUGGACUUGUUGAGGAAUGCUUGAAUUUGUUCAGUUCAAUGAGUAAGGGUUACGGGAUCGAGCCAGAGAUUGAGCAUUACGCCUGUGUGGUUGAUCUUCUGGGCCGGUGUGGCCAGCUAGAAGAAGCCAUUAGAUUCAUAGAAUGCAUGCCUAAGAAGCCUGGUGCAAGCAUUUGGGGUGCUUUGUUAGGUGCCUCCAGAGUGCAUGGGGAUGUCGCCUUGGCAGAGAAGGCUGCGGACAGAUUGUUUGAGCUGGAGCCAGAGAAUGCAGGAAAUUAUGUACUGCUAUGCAACUUAUAUGUCGAUUGUGGAAGAUUGACAGAUGCAAUGGGUUUAAGGAGAGCAAUGAGGAAGAAGAAAAUCAAGAAAGUGCCAGGUUGUAGUCUGAUAGAGGUUGGGAACAGAGUUAACUCAUUUACUGUGGGGAGCAAGUCUCACCCAGAGAGUGAGAGAAUUUAUGCUGCACUUGAAUGGUUGAACCUUCAUGCUAUGGAACUGGGCUACCAGAUUAAUGGAGUUUCUUUCUCUGAUGAUUAA